AUGCGUCGAAGAUCUCCGCUAUACAAUUUUGGGUCCAAGAGAAGUUCAAUUGCGUUGGCGCUUGGGUGAUGUGGUAAUCGAUUCACUCAAAUACGCUUGGAAUGAGAACAAGACCGGGGAGUCGCGCGAUCGUGCACCGCUGCCCCGAUCCACCUCAAUGGAUCUGGCCGAUCACGUGAGUUUCAACAUUGAACUGCGUCAGGGCUACGCGGGAGAAUGGAGUCCAGUUGUGGAGAAUAUCCGGGGGAAUUUGACCGGUAAAGCAGUCGUAUCUGAUUGUCCCUAUUUGGACAGGGAUGUGGCGUGCCGAGUGGUCGCCUAUCUGGAAGGACAACGUACUGUGCCCAGCCGACCGGUGCAAUUGACACUCAAAACAGACUCCCUUGUUCCGGAUUUUUCACUCAGCAAACCGCAUGUAUCCCUGGAAUCUUUGGAUGAAUACAUCAUAAGCUGGGAGGAGCCAGAUGUGCGCGAGAUCUACUCUAGCCACGUGUUAGGAUUGACCACUCCACAAGUGCUUCACCGUGGUAUGACAUACCAAGUUCAGGUCCAGCGUGACGGCAGCAAAACUUGGGAAGAGCUAAGCCCGAUCAUUGAGGAGACACAUUGGGCUUGGAGUCAACCGAAUCCCUUAAAAUCUUACCACAUCCGGGUGAUCGCAUUCAAUGAAUUCGGACCAGGUCAGCCGUCCAGGGCAGUGGCCAUCCCUGCACAAGUCGUGAUACCUGAUCUGAGCUUCAUUCGACCAACAGUCGAAUUGCCCGCGGAUAUUUUGGCCGGAACAACAGCUCCGGAGUUGGUUUGGCAAUUGCCCAGAGCCUACUCGUUGGAUAAGACCCUCACACCUGUCACAUAUGAGGUUCAAGUCCGCGGUGUCGCGCGCAGUCCGCACAAUGUGAUGAUAGACAGCAAAAUGUCCACGGACGAUGAUGAAUGUGUGUGGCGUGUACUGGAGACUAAUGUGAAACGUACUCGUUUGGCACUAGGUCGACUAGAUCCAGAACAGGAAUUCUGGCUUCGUGUGGUCGCUGUCACGGACUAUGGACGCGGAAAGCCUAGUCAGCCGGUUCGAAAGAUGGUUGAUUUGGCAGCGAUAUCGCCCACAUUUAUCGAUCCGAAAGGUGCUGUUUUAUUUGCACCUUUGGGUGGACGACUGGAAUUGAAAUGUGCGUUGAAAUCGAUGCCAUACAAUUCGGAUAUUCGAUUUUCCUGGUUCCUCAAUGAUCGACCUAUACGCACUUCCGGCAAGUAUUGGUUAAUGUGUUUUAUGUUUUUUUCAAGUUUCUGUGUUGGUGUGCGUUUACCGACACACAGUUGUGCGAUAAUCGAGUAUAUAUGUGUUUUUAUUUUUUGUUUAUCUCGAUUGUACGGAACUAUUUUUUGA